AUGUCUCUUUUAUGGGGCACUGAGAUGGUGGAUCUGUUCGUUGGGCCUGACAAGAAGCUCAUCCAUGUUCACAAAGGCAUUCUCCCGAAGAAAAUUCAAUACUUUGAUAAGAUGUUUGAUGGCUCUUGGAUCGAGUCUGCCAAUAACUCAGCUAUUUCUCCUGAGGGUACCGUCGAGUCAUUUGACUUGCUCAUAGGAUGGAUCUACCGUGGAAGCUUGCGUCCGCUUCAGGAGGAUAUCAAAGUUAAUGGAAGACUGGGCGGGGACACGUUCGAUCUAUACGUGCUUUGUGAGAAGUUUUGUCUUGCCGAAGUAAUGGACGAAAUCAUGGACGCUAUACGAACCUACAAACAUACUAGGGAUUUUCAUGGGGGUUAA